AUGCGUUCGAUUGUACUUGCCACUCUCGCCCUUUCCGUUGUAUCAACUUCGGCUGCCGCCGCCGGCUCGUUCGCUGCUUCGACCAUCAACGGUCUCCUGGCCCUUGCGCAUGAGCCCCAAUCCAUUUACGCUCGACAGUCACUCGAUCCUAGUACCCUUCCUGCUGCGUGCAAACCAGCUUGCACUCCGAUCUAUACCACCUUGAAUGACUGCACGACUGCUGCAUGUACCUGCACCAUCACGAAUGGCGAUGAACUCGAGGGCUGUAUCAACUGCCUGGUCUCUCUCUCGCCUACAACGUCUCAGAUUCAGCUGGGACAGGAAGUUCUCAACAACUAUGAUGACUUGUGUUCUGGAAGCGGGAUCGCCGUCCCUUCGCUAUCUCUUUCGUAUAGCGCCAGCCCAUCCGCUUCGGUUGUUACCGCAACCAAUACUCGUUCGAUCAUAACCGCCACAAACGUCGGCUUGAGCACUGUCGCAUCUUCUUCGAGAACAAUCACGGCGGCUGCGACUACAAGCUCCAUCGCUGACUCUUCUAACACCAAUGAUGCAUCUUUGGGCCCACAAGGUGUAAGCAGCAGUAGCAGUGUUCCCAGUGGGAUUUUUGGCAACGGCGCGAUGUCUAUCGAAGUCUCCAAGGCAAGAGUUGCGUGUGGAGUCUGCAAACCGCCAUGCUGGAGCAAAGAAGAACAGGAGACGUGGGGAAAUGAUCGAGGCGGCAACGGGAAGCGCCGGGUGGAGCGCACGGCGCACACAGCCUCCCCAACUUCGUCUUCACCGACGACGACGACGACGACGACGGCGACGGGGCGUGCAAUGGUACACCGGCCAACCGACUCUCGCUUGCUGUCCAACCUACUCACACACGAACGAGACUACACGAAACAGCUCCUCUCCUUACUCGACUCGGCUUCACAUGCAUCUCUAUCCUCCUUUGCCGCAUAUGCCUCGGCAUCACCUCCCACUGUCUCGCGCGCCGUAGUGGCCGUCGCGGGAUCGCUAGCGGGCGCGGACGACGCGCUGAGGAGAUACGCGCAGUCUGUGGACGCAUGGCGCGAACACCUCACGAGGCUGAAAGGCCUUGAGGACGAUGUCGGAAACAUCAUGCGCGACCGCGAAAUUUUAGUCACACGUCUCAUCAAGGCCUCGAAACACCAGAAACCGACCCGCGACUCCUUCAUAGCCAACAUCGGACCCUCCCCCUCUUCCAUGUCCCAGUCCUCUCUUAGCUCGUCCAACUCGACCUCUCCCGCUUCGUCUAAACUAUCCGCCGCACAGGCCGAACUGCAAGCAUGCGAAACACACCUUGCUACUAAAGAGCGCGAGCUCGAUGCCAUGCGCGUUAGCGCAGUUAGACAGGGUCUCUACGUGCGAUGCACGGCCAUGGUGGAGUGCGGCUGGACAUGGGGAGAGAUGGGAAAGGAAGGCCUGCGCGCACUGGAAGGCAUGGACAUGUCCAAUAGCCAUGCGAACGACAUACACAAACCAUUACCAGACCCAAUGCACCAUCCACUAGGCUCAGACAUGUCCUCACUAGGACCUUCACAGUCUGCGUCUCAAAUUGCCCUCCCUCUCGAGAAUGGAUUUGCAGAGCAUGGAUGUAUGCGCGCAGCAAGCCCUAAUUCACACCGAGCCUCAGAAGAAAACGAAAGAUACAUGCUUCACAUCGAGCCCGCGCACUCGAUCUCAGAGUUCGUGCUCCCACAACGUAUCGGGAUGGAGCGCCGCAUUACCGAGGAGGACGAGCCCCCAGACGGCAGCAGCUCCUCGGAAAACGGAGAAGCGGGCCCACUUCAGGUCGUAGAGAACGCCCGAUUCGCGCAGGCGGCCCCCGAGGCCUCCGGCCGGACGGCGCUUCCCCGCCGGUUCACGUUACGCUCGCAUCAGCGGCGGGGAAGCGGGAGCAGUGUCUCGGAACGCCUGCCGAUCCCGCAGAGGGGCGGUUCGAACGGUAUGACGUCAAGUGUGUCUGAGCCUCAGGUCGCGAUGCCGAGGGAAAGGAAGACGAGCGGAAUUUUUGGAAGCAUCGCGGGCUUGUUCAGGAGCGGGCAGAAGGGAGAUAAUGGACGGUGGAAGACGCGGACGGAGAAGAAUCUGAAGCAGGCGCGCAAAGGGGAGAGCGACAGCGAGGACGAGGCGCCUCAGCGCAGAAUGCCGUUUACACGGAGGGCGUCGGAAGAGGAGACGGUUCGCCGCCGCCCGCAGGCGAACGGAAGUCCUGGUGGGCAGAGGCUGAAAAAACGGAGUUUACGACGAGCGCCUGAUGCGGAUACCAGCGCAGCGGAGAAUGGGUGGGCGAGCGAGGGUGGCUUGGCGAUGGGUUCAAGGACUCGGAAAGGGAAGGGAAGGGCAGAAACUUCGCUGGCUCUGGAAGUGCCUGCUCUGCCGUCUGCGACGACGCACAAGGCCAAGGUCGGUCGGACGCAGUCCAUGUCUCAGGCGGGCCCAUCGACGCUUUCGCACAAUAGUUCGUUGUCGAGGACGAGUGGCAUGAGCACGAGCUCCGCUCCUCCAUUGGUCACGAACGUCUUCCGUAGAGUGUCUCCUGCGUCGGCGCCCCCAGUCGAGCAUCCUCCGGGAGGCGGUAUCACAGCUUCGCAAUCCACGGGCGCAGUGAAUCGCAGCACGUCGACAGCGCGCAAACGCGCAUCGGCGCCUCCGACGAGUAAGGCGGCGACCUGGACGGGUUCCCAUCCCCACCCCCAAUCAAGCGCGCACACCCAUGCUCGCGCAGCAUUGUCUAACGGCCAGCCAGGCCAGCCGUCAUUGAUGUCGAUCGUAGAAGGUGUGACGCGAACAAACAGAGACGGUUGGGCAGCACACACACGGGAAGUGGACCUCAGUCCGGCAAGUAGUCCUGAUGCAAGCCCUGGGGGCGGCGGGCUGGUCAGCGUCAAGGCGCCGCCUCCGCUGAAAGACUACAAUCUUCGAGGAGAAGGCGGAAAGGGCCUUGCGUUCGAGAGCGUCGUCGCGCCUCCACCUUUGACCGGCCCAGGCUCUGCAGGCACGAACGCGAAGGUGGAGGUUCCAAAGUCGCUCGAAUUGGCCAGGCCGAUGCCGAUUCCUGCGAAGAUGCCAUUGCGGAGCGCUCUGAAGAGCCCGAGCCGGACGCCUUCCCCGAUGCGUGCGCCGCCUGUUCACAGAAUGCCUCAGCACUCAUCGCCUCAACUACAAUCGUCGUCGUCUAAGGCCAUCGAGCAAGUUUUGCCCGACAAAGAGGACGACGACACUUCUUCUAUAUCGUCGUACGAGACAGGUCACGAAGUUUUCGACGAUGAGCCAGAGCCAGAGGUUCCCCCUCCCCCACCAGAGAAGUCUGGCCCACGGUCAACAGGGUCAGACGUGUCUUCCUCAACCCUCACCGCGUUUGGGAAUGCUAAUGGAACUGCCAACGGAACCGCCGACGCGAACGAGGCGAUCGCUCCGCCUGUUCGAAGAAAGUCCGUGCGGAUGUCUCUCCAGCCUACUUUUUCUCCUACGCCGCCAGCCGUGGAAGACGAUGACGAUGGUCAGCUAUGGAAUGGCCCAAGAACCUCGAACGGAAAGGCGCAUCUGGAGGUGGACGGCUUGUGGGUCGACUCAAGUGACGAGGAUGAGGAGUACUCGAGAGCAAAGGCUGCGUUGCGGAGGGUGUCAAAGAAGAAGUGGUGAGCUCCUCACGUCAGAUUUAGCAUUCCAGACACGCGCUUGGAUCUCUUUCUCCGCUCGUUUGACAAGGACAAGGACAUUCACCCGAUCAGCCUUUGCACAGCCAAUUCGGCGCUCAUAUAUGUAUUCAUGUGUAUUCUGAUUUUGAUUUAUUUUUUAUUCCUUCAAUUCGUUCUCUGUGAUUGGUUCGUGCCCUUCUAUACUUCUCAUGGUAUUUUCCUUGUUCGACUGCGUCCUUUUACUCUUGUAGACCAUACUCUACAGCACGAUAGUCCUAGUCACGAUAUCACCAUUAUUUUGCGACCGGAUCGGCCAAGCCCCUCAGUCCCUUCCCCGCCAUACGAUACUCGACAAUCGUCGACGUCAUAACCUCGUCCCGAGAAUUCAAUUACAUAAUAUAGUG